CGUCGGCACGGAAGUUGCAGGGCUAAUGGCGAAUGCCGACGCUCCGAAUCUAUCCAUGUGGUGUGGACUCUGUGCGUGCGCACCGUGCAGCGGGACGUUAAUUUUGACGCUUGCUGUGUCGGCUUCUCGGCGGGCGUGUCGGCCAAGCGUCAGCAACGACCGCGGCGUGUUUCAUAUGGUCGCCCUCGUCGAGGAACAGGCUAGCUGAUUGCUGCUGCGGCGCGUGCUGGGCACCGUGGCCGCAGCCUCACGUCACGCGCGACGAGACUUUUUCUACUUGCAUCGGUCGGUCAGACUCGGUCGACAAACUCGACGGCUCUGAGUUGUUUUUUUCCCACGCACGGCUGCGCGGCAGUCGCGUGCCCCUUUGGGUUUGACAACGAAACGGGGAGGUGUCCAUUUGCCGAUUUUUAAGCUGGGCUUACCGAAUGGGCUCGGCCCAGGCCUACCUCAUCCCCAUGACUCCCUUUGGACGGGAGACCUAUAUCCAUGGAGUUGGCACUUAUGUUAAUAACACCCGAUCCGACAUAAAAUGAUUCUCAGACACGUGCAUUGCAUGCUCAUUUCAGUCGGUGUGUGAGCGGCUACAGAUAUCUCUAUCCGUCGCUUGGUUUUGUUCCCGUUCCCGUUCCCGUUCCCGUUCGAUCGACGAAUCACAUCCCUCCUGGCACGGCGAUGGGUCACGCCAACCUCCCACCGGGGCGACGGGGGCUGGCGGCGGGAGCGGGGUCGAACUGUUCCUUCUUCGACAUCGUUUCCGUCGUCUUCCUCGCCUCUGUUAUUGUCUUCAUCGUGCUCAUCUAUACCGCCCUCGACACCUCCAGCCAACGCGUCAUUGCCCCCUCCAUCGUCGAUCCUCGCCAGCGCGAACGAAUUCUCUCCAUCUUCGAUUCCGCAUCUGCGGUGUCCUCAUCCUCCUCCUCGAUGCUCGACGCUUGCCCGGCCAAGGAGGUCGAUAAUAUGCCGUGCGAGGACCCACGCCGCAGCAGCCAACUCAGCAGAGAGAUGAACUUCUACCGCGAGCGGCAUUGCCCUCUGCCAGAGGAGAUGCCUCUUUGCCUCGUUCCUCCACCAAAAGGGUACCGAGUUCCGAUUCCCUGGCCCGAGAGCCUUCACAAGAUAUGGCAUGAUAACAUGCCAUACAAUAAAAUCUCAGAGAGGAAAGGCCAUCAAGGCUGGAUGAGAGAGGAGGGUCCAUACUUCAUUUUUCCUGGUGGUGGCACUAUGUUCCCAGAUGGGGCUGUGCAGUAUAUUGCUAAACUUGGACAAUUUAUCUCCCUAAACGAUGGCCAUAUAAGGACAGCUCUAGACAUGGGAUGUGGGGUUGCAAGCUUUGGGGGUUUUCUGCUCAAGGAAAAUAUCAUGACACUUUCAUUUGCUCCAAGGGAUUCACACAAGUCUCAGAUACAGUUUGCAUUAGAAAGGGGAAUACCUGCAUUUGUUGCUAUGCUUGGCACUCGGAGGCUUCCAUUUCCUGCAUAUUCAUUUGAUUUUGUUCAUUGUUCCCGGUGUUUGAUUCCCUUUACAGCCUAUAAUGGAACUUAUCUCAUUGAAGUGGAUCGUUUGCUUCGACCAGAAGGUUAUCUUGUCAUAUCUGGUCCACCUGUUAAAUGGAAUAAGAUGGAAGAAGAGUGGCUCGAUCUACAAGCUAUGGCUGAUGCUUUAUGUUACAAGCUUAUUGUUGUAGAUGGUAAUACUGCAAUCUGGAAGAAACCCUCUGGUGACUCUUGUCUUCCUAACUUGCACAAUUUUAGGCUCGAUAAAUGCAGUGACACAGAUGACCCAAAUGAAGCAUGGUAUUUCAAAUUGAGGAAGUGUGUGCCUACAGUCCCCCUCUCUAAAGACUUAUCUAUCAGCUCUCUUCCUAAAUGGCCAGAGAGGCUGUUAAAACCUCCUUCAAGGAUCUCACUGAUAAAAAUUGGUUUUGAUACAUUCAAGGAUGACACACAAAACUGGGCUAAACGAGUUGCAUACUAUAAGAACACACUUGGUUUGAAAAUUGGGACUUCACAUAUCCGCAAUGUUAUGGACAUGAAUGCUUUUAUUGGAGGUUUUGCAGCUGCACUAAGCCCUGACCCAGUCUGGGUCAUGAAUGUCAUACCCGCUCACAAGCAAUUAACUCUUAAUAUUAUUUAUGACAGAGGACUUAUUGGCGUAUAUCAUGAUUGGUGUGAGGCUUUCUCAACUUACCCAAGAACCUAUGAUCUUAUUCAUGUGGUGGGAAUUAACUCUUUGAUAGAAGAUGCAACUUCGACCAAGGACAGAAUUGGGAUGCGAUGAGGAAUAAGAUGGCUUCUGAAACAGAAUUCGAGUGAAGAAAUGAGCAGAUCAGCUGAGAAGAAAUCAAAGGAAGAACCGUUGCUCUUUGAUGAGAGAUUUAUUGGAGGGCUGCUGAGCACAAGUUGAAUGCUCCAUGCAUUCCUAAGUUUUUGGAUAGGAUGUAUGCAGAUGAAGAGGAUCGCAAGAUAAACUCAAUGAAGAAAUCCAGAGUGAUGAAGAAAUCUUGCCUCUCAAAUUGUUGAAGUGCUACUCUUUUUUCCGUCAAAUUAGGGAGGAAAGCAAAAUCUCUUGCUUCUCAUUUUUUCUCAGAAUAGAAGACCAGGGAGUCUCCAGACCUGGAGCAGAACCUGUAGGAAUCUCCUGCAGUACAGUGGAAGUCUUUGCAGAAAGUUGUAGAAACGAAGUCUCCCGAUCUAGAAGAAGAAUCUGCUGUGUCAGUAAUCUUAUGCAAUCUUGGAAAUGAACAGUGAAACUGAAAGAAACAGGCGAAAGAUCUUUGGCUAUGUGAGAGAACAAAUCAGACAUUCUGCUUGGUAAGCUAGCCAAUGGAGCAGGCUAACAGUGGAGGCGACCUUUAUUCCAUUUCAAGAUGGUGACAAACUGAUUUGCAAAACUUGCUUGUAGUGUGAUCCCUGCCAAAGUGGCCUGGGUUUGGGAGGAAGUUUGCACGCAUAAGAUGUAUGCGCAAAGUUGGAAGCAGCCCUUUUGAGAAGUAGCCGUGUCAAUAAGGAAGAAGACACAAGUUGCUGAGGAGGCUCGAGUUUGAAGCAUGCCUUGCAACAGUGCUGCACUGGGACAACAGCAGUGCUGGACAAGAGGGAUAAAACAUAGAUGAGUAGCCUUUGAUACCAAGUUAGGUUUGGAGAAAGAGAAUAUUCGAUCGUGUUGUCAUAUUUGUACAAGACAUCACAUGGUAUUUGCAAAAUCAACCUAAACACCCUAAACCUAAACAUAACAUGCGUGGGAGUAUAGUCUGACUUUUCAAUUAGCCUUCUCUUUCGGUGCUUUUCGGGCAUCUCCGCACCACCCGGAUGUAGAUGAAGAUGGAAUGAGUAGGAAGCUUCAUCACUCAUUAGAACAGAUAGGAGAGAAGUUUGUCAUGGAGAAAUCCAACAAGGCUAGCCUAACCUGCCAUCAUAACCUAUAAUUUUAACAGUUCCUAUCCUAUGGAUGUCUGCACUUCAACAAGUUGAAAACACAUAAAGCAAUGAUCCUUUGGCAUUCCAUUUCUAUAAUAUUUUUCCUUUUCUUGCAUAAAAGUACUAGCUAACCCAUCUAGCAGGAUAAGGCUUGUUGUUGUUGUUGUUGUUGUUGUUGUUGUUGUUGUUGUUGUUGUUGCAUAAAACUACAGUGACAUGUUAAUUCAAUGAUUUAGAUGAUGAUGUCAACAAGUAUUAUAUAUCUUUUAUUGAUGUCAUGUUAUUAAUGCCUACAUAAAAUUGAAGAAUAGGUCAGAGUUGAUUGGCCCUUUACUGAUAAGUAAAUUAUAUAUGAUUUUUUUUAAUUCCCUUACAAAUCUAUACAAAGGACAUAAAACUAUCUGUGAUUGAUUUUCUCAAAUGCAAGCUAACGUAACCAACUACACUAAUCUGUUUUUAAACUGACCA